GUUUAUAUGUUUGUUACACUUUUGGGCGUAAACGAAAUUCAUUUUUUAUAAUUAAUAUCGUCAUCUUAGAGAAGGAUGGAGGAAGGAAGAACCACAGGGAAGAACCUAUGAAAAUGAAAGCUAUGACAUCGUACUGGCAAAUAGCCACAUUACAUAAGCUAUUAUCUUAAAUAAUAAUAAAACAACAUAAAUCGCUGGUUAUUUAGUUAGCUAAGUGUUUUUAGAAUAAAUAAUUGUGGCGUGCGUGUUUUUUAAAACUUUCUAUUAUCAUACAAUUCCUCCUUACGAUGGAUGAUCCAGAAAAUAAAAUAACUGUUCUAUGCCUCGGACCGAAAGGGUCUGGAAAAACAACUUUGCUGAAGAAACUACAAGAUGCUGAAGGUAUAGACUAUACUUACAGCCCCGUACCCACCAUGGGGACUAAUAUUUACGAUCUACAUUACCUAAAUAAACAUGGUAAGAAGCAGUUAUUGACUAUACGCGAGAUUGGAGGCGAAAUGGCUCAAUUAUGGAACAGUUAUUUGGACGGUAUUGAAAAGGUAAUAUUUGUGGUAGAUACGUCGAAUUUAUGCCAAAUAUCAGCCGCAGCUGUCAUGUUCUACACACUGGUAGCUGAACCAAAACUUCGAAGAACAAAGUUCAUUUUAGUUUUAAGCAAGAUGGAUGCAGCAUAUCGCCAGAUGAGGAAUGAAGCCUUACUGAUGUUACAGUUUGCAAGAUUAAGCAGUGAACUACCAAACCCACCCGUUUUGCUAGAAGCAUCUCCGUUAACUGGCGAAGGCUUGGACAUCCUGAAAGAACAUCUCAUAGAUACUAAACGUUCCCAUGUACUUAAUAAAUAAAUUUUAACCUUCAUUUUUAACAACAUUGACCCACUAGUUUCAUGCAAAUUCACGUGUUUAAUGAGAGAUGGAUAGAUAUGUGAAUUAUGUAGCAAAUUGUGAAAUGCCUAACAAGUGAAAUAAUAAUUAAGCCUUUGAUAAUUGUUUCUAAACAGGCAUAAUAAUUACUUAUAUGUAUACUUACUUUUA